UCAACUGAAAACAGGACAAAUGAUUGAUCUCAUCAGUUUCAGUGAUUUUUGUGAAUAUUUAGUCUAAAUUUGAUGCCAUUUCAAACUAGUGCAAACACACCUGUUUGUAACACUGCACAGGUGAAUCAGUUCACUGCCAACCGCUGAGAGAUGACAGCAUUGCUUUCUGCAUACGUUUGACUGAACUUGCAUAACGUGAGAUCAUUACACAAUUUAAAAACUGUGAGCAAACACGUCUGCACUCACCUGAGCUGGCUUACCCAUAAUGCUGUCUCAAAAUACACCCACCCUGAGCCCAGGUUUCAUGAAGGCCUGGAUUACAUGUGGGACUUAGUGGCAUAUAAAUGGUGGGAACGAAGACAGAAAACGUUUACUCUUCUGAAGACGAGUCGGUGAACCCAGGGUUACGCUUGUGGAUGGCCUGUAGACACGUGCAGUGGGCAUCACCUUUGGAAAUGAACGCAGCAGCAGCGACCGAAGGCGCCAAAGCAGCUCCUCCCAAGUUCAAGCAGAAGGAGACGAGGCAGUUCAAGAGCAAAGCUCCCAAAGCUGGACAGAAGGGGUUUGAUAACGACGUACCAGGCAUGGAAGGGCUUGGAGACUCGGCGGUGGUCUGCCCCUGGGAGGCGUUUGGUGACAUGGAGCUCAGUGACCUGGCUCAGUUCGGCAUCGUGUAGACCUGCGAUGAGCUCUGCACAUAGACUCGUACAUUCGUUCUCUGUACGUGACGUCCUAACCUAACUGUGCACAUGUUAGCCUGUUCCCGUGUGUCAAGAUGACGGUUUGUGUAUGAGUACACUUAAAUCCUGGCAUGUUAUAUAACAGGAUGUACAGUGUGUUGUUUUCUUAAAGAAGAACUGCAAUGGAGAAAUGGUGAUGUUUAUGAAUUAAUGUUUCUGACAAUAUUAUUGUAGGAGUUUUGUAGAAUAACAAACCCCAU